GGUUUUCUGCUGUACGGCUACAGCUGCUUUGAAGCUUCGUUUUCACCGGAAGGGUCUCAAUGCAUCAACUUCCGGUGUUGCGGGUACCUGGGAGACGAGGCAAAAAAGCGGGCACAUCGGAAUCUUACUUGAUUUCGUGAGCUUUGAAACAUCUGGAAUUGUAUCCAUUUGGCUUAUGAAGACAAACGACUGUGCCUUGUGGGCCAGUGACUACCUGGGAUUUGCAUUUGGCUUGGAAAAGAGUCAUUCAUUCGGUGUUCGUAAACGCUAGCUAGCUAACGCGCUUCCACACUAGGGUUUGGAGCAGCAGGCCUAUUCUUCUGGACUUUGCUACAAGCUAAUCAGCUAACAUUAGCAGGCUAACCCACACGGACACGUUUUUUUCCUCAACGAUUAUGUCUGUUACGUUGUAAAUAAAUACCACGUCAUUUACGUGUGUGCUGGUUAGUUUUUGUAAAUCUUUUGUCAAAUAGGCUUAAGUUGAAGCUAAAUUAUUCGAGCUCCACCAGCGAGGCAUUUGUUUUGAAAAGUGUUGUUCACUUUGUUGCUAGCUUAAGCUAGCCACCGCCAACUGAACAACGCAGUCGCUGAAAGCGCAGUAGCCUUCAACUCACAGAGAUGUCGGACUUUGAUGAAUUCGAAAGGCAGCUUUCUGAAAACAAACAAGCUGAAAGGGACAAAGAGAACCGCCAUCACCGUCGAUCCUCUUCUCGCAGCCAUAGCAGAGAGAGGAAAAGGAGGAGCAGAGACAGGGAUAGACGCAGCAGGGACUGCCGUGGGGACAGUAAGGAGCGCAGACAGAGACGCAGCUCACCACCCACCUACCCCCAGGACAAUGCUCGAAGCCGUUCUCCACAUCGUGAGAAGAAGAAGAAGAUAAAGAAGUACUGGGAUGUUCCUCCGCCAGGAUUUGAGCACAUCACUCCCAUGCAGUACAAAGCCAUGCAAGCUGCAGGCCAGAUCCCAGCCACAGCCCUUCUGCCGACCAUGACUCCGGAUGGCCUGGCUGUUACUCCCACCCCUGUACCAGUAGUGGGUAGUCAGAUGACCAGACAGGCCCGUCGGCUUUAUGUGGGCAACAUCCCCUUUGGUAUCACUGAGGAGUCCAUGAUGGACUUCUUUAAUGCCCAAAUGCGUUUGGGUGGUCUCACUCAGGCCCCUGGAAACCCUGUCCUUGCAGUACAGAUCAACCAGGACAAGAAUUUUGCCUUCCUUGAGUUCCGCUCGGUGGAUGAAACAACCCAGGCCAUGGCUUUUGAUGGCAUCAUCUUUCAAGGCCAGAGCCUCAAGAUUCGUCGUCCCCAUGAUUACCAGCCUCUGCCGGGCAUGAGCGAAAACCCUAGUGUUUAUGUGCCCGGUACACAGACAAUUAAUGGUGUGGUGUCCACAGUGGUGCCAGACUCGGCUCACAAACUCUUCAUUGGCGGCUUGCCCAACUACCUGAAUGAUGAUCAGGUAAAGGAGCUGUUAACAUCAUUUGGCCCCCUGAAGGCCUUCAACCUGGUGAAGGACAGCGCCACAGGCUUGUCUAAAGGAUAUGCUUUCUGUGAAUAUGUUGAUGUCAACCUUAAUGACCAGGCUAUUGCUGGGCUGAAUGGUAUGCAGCUGGGAGACAAGAAGCUCCUGGUACAGAGAGCCAGUGUGGGAUCGAAGAACGCCACUCUGACAAGUAUAAACCAGACCCCUGUGACGCUGCAGGUGCCAGGUCUAAACAGCUCAGUGACUCAGAUGGGAGGCCUGCCCACCGAGGUGCUGUGUCUGAUGAAUAUGGUGGCCCCCGAGGAGCUGCUGGAUGAUGAAGAAUAUGAGGAGAUUGUGGAGGAUGUCAGAGAGGAGUGCAGCAAGUACGGCCAAGUCAAGAGCAUUGAGAUACCUCGACCUGUGGAUGGCCUGGAGGUGCCUGGGACUGGCAAGAUCUUUGUGGAGUUCACGUCAGUUUUUGACUCCCAGAAGGCCAUGCAGGGGCUGACAGGACGGAAGUUUGCCAACAGGGUGGUGGUGACCAAAUACUGCGAUCCGGACGCUUAUCACCGCCGGGACUUCUGGUAGAGGAGGCAAGAAGAACGUGUUAACUUUCUUUCUUUGGGGGUGGGGGGAUCGGGGGUGGUGCCAUUUCCAAAAUCAGACCCUUGAUUUAUCUGGUAGAGCGGCAUUUCAGAUCUAGGAGAAUUGGACAUUUGAAUUGGAACUGGGAAAGAAAACUAUGGGGAGGAUUUAUAUACAGUCAUUAACAGAGGGGGCUGGAUUUGGCUGGUGGGCGAGUCAGAGUUUUGAGAAAUGUGUGUAAUAAUAGGGUAGUGGUUUAGGGUGGGGUCAACAAUUUUUAUACUUUGUGAGGCAAAUGUCAUUUGGGGUGGGAGGGGGUGUCACACUUCAGGUUUGUAUUUAAAUGGAGAUUGCCUGUUUUAAGUACGUUAGGACAGAGGUGCAGUAGGGAACGAACUAGAGUUGUGAUUGAGAGGAGGGCUGCGCUAAAUAGAAGUGCAGGGGAGAUGAAGAGGAAGAUGAGGGCAUUUUUGUUUGACUAUCUAAUAUAGAUAUACAGUAGCUGUAAUGUCCACUUCAUUUUUGACAUCAUCAGUACAAAGGCGAGGAGACUCCUUGUCCCCCCCCCCCUUUAAGUUUGAACUCAUUCCUCGUGUUCCUUCAUUUUCAUCAGGCCACUGCCCCCCUCAGGAUGAUUGUUAGAGAACCUGUUGUCUAAUUGGACUCUAUCUGAAUGCCAUCUGUAAUUGUUUUGAUACAGUUUGUAGCUAGCUCCGCUGUUUUGAGCUGUAAUAUCACUUUGUAUUCGGACUGCAGCAUAACAGGAUCAACAGACUCAAUUACACCAGGUUGUUUUUAUUUUUUGUUAUUUCAUGUCAAUUCACUAAGGAUAGAAAUUUGACCAGCCCCGCUAUCAAUGAUAUCUGUUGGUUCAUGAAUGUCAGAAUCUCGUGCUUUAGCCUUGUGUUACCAGUUUUCUCUUUCUUUUCCUGCAGAUUGUUAAGAUGUGUUGGACCCAGUCCUUUUUGUGUGUCUCACAUCUUUGACAAGACCAAAUAAACACGACUAAUACCUAUGACUCAUGUUGUACCACAGUGAAACCAAAACUAGACAGCCUCUUACAUUAAGAUUGUUAACAUCAAACCUGCUUUGGUUAAAACAUAAAUUGAUAGGACAGUAUCUUGUCCACAGUAAAGUAUCAGAAUGAAACUUAACACCACAGUGGCUUUUUUUUCCAGUUAUUUGGGCUCCAUAAUAAAAAUAAUUAACACCCACAGACAAAGGAUUAUUACUAUACAGUUGACUGAUUUUCAGCUAAUAAAAUUUGUCAUUUUCUGUUGAGCUUUCAUAACUAGUAUUUUGCUGUAUGUAUGGCCUUUGGGGCAUUUCCACCAAAUCUAAGAGGUAAUUAGAAACUGUCUGCAUGUACUUAAACAAGAUCUGCUUUUCUCUUAUCUCCCUCAUCUUCUGCCGUUGUUUCUCCGAGGACCACAUGUUCACACUGUACGGGCUUGAGGUGAUGCUUUCAUUUGAUACCUUCAGUGGCUUAAGACAGCGCUGAAGAGAGACUAUGUCAGUGAUAACGCUUUUGAGAUGUUACUCCUUACUUUUGGAAAAUUAGCUUUUUUUUUCAGUGUCACUGUGUCAUUUUAAGUUCUUUAUUUUUCUCUCUGGAAAAAAUGUGACUUCUUAAAUGAGUUCAAACUUAAAAAUCAUCUAGUUUAUAAAAGCAGAAAAGUCUUUCAUUUGUCCAAUUUGCUUUCAAAUGUUGAUUAAAAAUGGAAUUUACACGA